CCGGCCGGCAAAGGAGGUGGAGGAGGCGGCGAGAAGGAAAGCCCGGCGCCCCGGAGCACGUGGAGGAGCCGCGCGCGCGCGGGGGGGGGGAUCGGAGGCUGUGCGCCAGCUCUCCUGCGACCCGGUGCGCGCCCAGAGGCUGCGGUGAUGGGCGCGGCGGCCCCCGCGAGGAGGCCCCGCUAGGAGAGGACCCCGCCGCGGCUCGGAGGCGAAGAGCGGGUCCGAGAUGGCGAGUGUUCUCUCCAGGAGGCUGGGGAAGCGGUCCUUGCUGGGCGCCCGAAUUUCCGCUCCCCCCUUGCUGGGGGACGGGGUGCUGAUGAUGGCCCAGCUCCCUCCCUUGCAGCCGGAGCAUGUCAAAGAGUCUCCUCGGCUGGCUUCGUGUGAGGACGGCCGCUUCAAGGAGCCUGUCAGAGACUCUGGCGGUCAGAGCCAGAACUGGCCACUCCUGCAAACAGGCCAAAAGGUCUAUGUCUUCUACAAAGGGCAAGAGGCCCCCGGUUUGGUGGAGCACCAUGACCACCUCAGCAACGAAGUGAAGGUGCUUCUUCUGGAGCAGGGCUUCUAUGUCUGCCGGAAAGCCGAGGAAGUGAGGCUGGCUAACAUCCAGGCCUUGCCUCUCCCAGCCCUGGAGAUGGACCUCGGGGCUCCUGCCAUGACGGGCUAUGAGGCCGUCCCAGUGGCCAUGGACCACGGACCGACCAUGGAGGCAGCUGCCACAGCCGCACCUGGACCCAGGUCGGUCUCCAGGAGCAUCGACGUGCCAAAAAGGAAAUCGGAUGCUGCUGCUGUGGAGAUGGACGAGAUGAUGGCAGCCAUGGUCUUGACCAGCUUAUCCUGCAGCCCCGUGGUGCAGAGCCCCCCUAAUGGUGACGCUGCCAUCCCAGCAUCCCAAGCGGCGGGCGAUGUGUGGAAGGAAAGCGGAGACAUGUCAGACGGUGGCAGCAGCAGCACCAGUGGGCACUGGAGCGGUUUGUCUACCCCGUCUCCGCCCCAUUCUGAGGCCAGCCCCAAGUACUCGAGCGAAGCCUUCAGUUCUCCCCGGCCGGACGACGGCUUUGAGACGGACUUGGACCCCUUCCUCUUUGAUGAGCCUGCUCCCCGGAAGAGAAAGAACUCUGUGAAGGUGAUGUACACCUGCCUGUGGCCCAGCUGCGGAAAAGUCCUUCGCUCCAUCGUGGGGAUCAAGAGGCAUGUGAAGACCCAGCACUUGGGAGACGGCGCCAAUUCUGACCAGCGGAAGAGGGAAGAGGAUUUCUACUACACGGAAAUGCAAGUGAAGGAGGAGGCGCCCCCAGAACCCGCGGCGGCCGUCUCCAGCCCCACCGCCACCUCUGCGGGUGCUUCUUCUCCCAUCGCCAUCCAGCAGACUCCGUCGCAGCCAGAGGCUCUCAUCCUGGACCAAGCAGCCCCCCUGGAGCACCACCUGCCCAGCAGCGCCCUCAGCCAGUCGGCCCCGAGCUCCUUCUGGCACAUCCAAGCCGACCAUGCGUAUCAGGCUCUGCCGUCCAUCCAGAUUCCCGUAUCCCCGCACAUAUUCACCAGUAUCAGCUGGGCUGCCGCGACAUCAACCAUACCCACGCUCUCGCCGGUGCGAAGCCGGUCCCUGAGUUUCAGCGAGCAGCAGCCUCCUCCGCAGCCGCUGCCUCCUCCUCCGCCACCUCCUCCUCCUCCGCCACCUGUCUUGAAAUCCCACCUGAUUGUCACAUCUCCUCUGCGGGUGCCCAGCAGCUCAAGGAAAGUCCGUGGCGAAGCCAAGAAGUGCCGGAAGGUCUAUGGGAUCGAGCACCGCGAUCAGUGGUGCACCGCUUGCCGGUGGAAAAAGGCCUGCCAGCGAUUCCUGGACUGAGCGCAUGCAAUGUUUCCCACCGGAAAGGUGGAGGGAGCAAUUCUCUCUCUCGCUGCCAGCCAAGCGCCAAGGGGCCGGACCUCUGUGUUUUUGCAGCGUCGGCGCCCUUGGAAGCCACUCUCCCCGUGCUUCAGCGGAGAUCUCGAGAGCCCACCUGUGCACCUUGGGCUCCGUAUAUUCUACGUCCGGCAGGUUUUUUUUCUUCUCCUCUAAUUUUCAGUGUUUUGUGGGAAUGUUUGUUUUUUUAAACACAUCUUAUCCUCCUUUUUUUAACACACACACACACACACACACACACACACACACACACAGCGCCUCCCUUUCUAUUUGUAAAUAAGAGGUGCAAUGGGGGGAGGAAAGAGAGUUUUCGGCUUGGUGUAGUUCAACAGACUUGUUUCUCGGUGUGCCCAGGGACCAAAGAACCUUUUUUUCGAACUGUUCCCUCAAUACGUGGUUGGCUGAGUGUUUGGGUUGGUGGUUGCAAUAUGAAGAACAUAGGAGCACCCCUCGUCUAACCCCCCUCCCCCCCAAAUCAAGAGGGUGCCGGAUGUGGACUCAACAGGGCGCUGGGUCCAUCAGCUGGAGGAGGAAGGGGCGUGGCUGACUUCCUGUGGACUCUGCCAGCAUGCUGGCUCUCAUUUCUGGUGCCCGGGAGGAAUUACUCGCUUGCACCCAAGCAUUGGGUUUCCCCUUCUUUUUAAACAUUGUGCUGUCAAAAGAACAAUCCUUGCAUUAAGCUACAAUCCAGCGAAUGCGCAUUUCGUUUUCUAAAACUGAAGUGGAAGGAACCUGGCUAUAUUGGCUUCAUGCUUUUAUUCCCCCAUUUUAUACCUGCGCACCUAAAAUUUAAUGUGCAAAACAGCCCUGGGGCAACUAAGUCUUUCUCAUGUGGCUUCAGUUGCCCCCGGCCUCAAAGGUUACCCAGUGUUACCCAAGGGAGGAAAUAAUAUUUUUGCUUAAUGAUGGGCUUGCCAAUCAAGACUUGUGCCAUUGGGUGGUUUCGUGGGUGCUCUGGUCAGAACUGGAGCGAGCAAAGUCAUGGGGACCAGAACAUAAAAGCCAUUAUCAUGGCCUUCCCCAGCUUGGCCCCCCUGCAAAUGUUUUGGGCUGGCUGGGGCUGAUGGGAGUUGUAGUCCGAAACGCUGGAAGGGCGUCAGGUUGAGGAAUUUGCAUUACGGUCUUCCUUCCUUCCUCUUCGGGUUCAGCCCCAUUGCGCAUGCAAUCCAGACCGUUCAUCGCCAACGCACCCAGCCCAUGAAGCACGUCUCUGCGUCCUGCGCCGUUUUGCAGAGCAUGCUGGGAGAAUGCACUUGGCUCAUGCGGUGGAGUUGUGUGGAGGGGCAAAACAUUUUGGGAAAACACUCUUUCUAGCCUAGCGCCAGGGUAUCUUUGGCUACGGCUGCCAGCGGUCCAAAAAAAGACAGCGGAGUUGCCAAAUGACAAUCAACGUGGAGAGCUAGAUCUCCGCACUGGGGAAAGAUAAAAGGGCAAAGCAGCCCAGGGAUGUCUUGGGACAGGUGUGGAAACCUGAGAUGUAAAAACUCCAGGAAUGUUGAAGCCCUCUGUUUCCCUGCACGCCCCCCCCCCAGGUUGGGGAAAAAAAUGAAAGUUUAGGUCAGACAUCCCCAAACUUCGGCAAUUCCCAUCUUCCGCAGCCACUGGUCCUGUUAGCCAGGGACCAUGGGAGUUGUAGGCCAAAACAUCUGGAGGGCCGCAGUUUGGGGAUGCCUGGUUUAGGUAGUACUUAAAAAAAUAAUAAUCAGUUUUUCAACUUGCUUUAACACACCACAUUUCUAGCAGGUUUCCAUUUCAGGCACCAGAACCCUGGGGGGAGGUGGGGAGGUGGGAGCCCCCACCUACAAUUUGUCACUCGACUCCAUCUGCUUCUCUCUCAGGUGUGGGUGUGGCACUGCACAAGGAGAGAGCCCUCAUUGAGGUCACUAAACUUUGGGGUUGCCAGUCACGACAGGGAGGCCCUUGUUAACAAAUCGUGGUUUCCCUUCCUUGGGGAAGCGCUUCCCUCCCUCCACAAAAACCAGUUGCCUGGCCAGCUUUUCAUUUUGCAGAUGUCAAAACGUCUUGCGGUUGCAGCAGCGGCAGUGCCAAUUUCGGGUGUGUGUCUGGGGGCAGUUCGACAAGGGCUCAGAUUAAAUAUGUGGUUUCCCCCUCCCAAUCACCUGCGUUUUGAUAAUCAUGAGCCAUAAACUAAAGACAAAGAUCUCUCCUUGAGAAAAGAGCAACUGAAUGAACAAGGAACACUCUGAGAACGAGGAUUUCUUUACAGAAAACAAAAGCUAGCCCUGCUUUACUUUUAAGGGUACUUUUUAAAGGGUUGGGGUGGGAUAGUUUUUUUUUUAAAGGAGUUAUGUACAUUAUUGGUGCUUGUUGAAAAUUUUGUGUUUUUCUCUGUUGUCAUUUUGUGCAUCAUACACACACCAGCCUCCCUCAAUCUCCUGGUGUUUUGGCUGGGGCUGGUUUGCAGGUCUGGUCCAAAACAUCUGGAAGACUCGAAAGUUACAGGAGGCUGCUAUACACAGUAUGUCUGAUUUUUUUUUAUUUCUCUGAGCCCAGACUCCUGGUCAGUGCUAAAGCUGGUUGACGCCAAAAUGUGGGUCUUAUUUGAGGGCUUUGAACAGCCAGAGAAUGAACACAAAGCUUGAGCCCAGAUUUCUGCAUUUUUAUAUUUCCAAAUGCGGGAUUUUGGGAUAUUUGUGGACUUUCGAUUUCUUCAAAGCAGUGUGCAUUUUUUGG